CUGUAUAAAUAUCCCACUCUUAGUAUUUCUGGAAUUCAGAGACUGGCCUGCACUGACCGGGGAGACUCAGGAGGAGAGAGACGAGCUCAAGACAGGCAGAAAAUUUUAACCAAGUGGGGAUCAUCUCGACUAACCAGAAGAUAAAAAAGUUACAUCCUAGCAUAUUUUCUCAAUCCAGAAGACUGCCAACUCACUUUGACCCUCCACUAUGUGGCUUCAGGGGUUUUACUUGUGUCUCUCCUGUUUAACUCUGUCCACCGUAAGCCAGACCCAAGACCGAGCCUCCCUCCAUCGCUCCAAUGACCAUGCUGGCCGCUGCCAAUACACCUUUUCUGUGGCCAGCCCACAAGAGUCCAGCUGCCCUGGAAGCAACGUGAAACCAGAGAUGGAUGGAGUGUUGUCUCGUCUCACUCUUCUGGAGGCUUUGGUCAGCCGCCUGAUAGCAGGACAGGAUGGAGAUGUGGAGACAGGGGUCACAGCUAAUGAUGAAGAGGGUCUGCAGGAAGCUUUCUCCCAGGUUACGGGGGAGAGAAAUCAGCUGCAGGAGGACAAGAGUCGUCUGAACAGGCAGGUUCAGGAGCUGCAGAGAAGGCUGGAGGAGCUGAGCCAGGAGGCAGAGAACCUCAGGCAGAAACCCUGCCAGCAGACACACAUCCUAGGGCAUGAAAACAGACCUGCAAGCGACCCUGCAUAUGGGAAUGGUGCAUACCAGGAGAUGAAGGCUGAGGUCACAGAGGUUCCUGCAUCCCAUCUCAUUCCUGAAGGAAACCACACCUUCACAGGCUGUGGAGAGGUGCAGUCAGUUGGAGACCCUGUGAUGCACAGGAAGGCUGACAGCAUCACAGGGAAGUAUGGAGUGUGGCUGCAGGAUCCCGAGCCACAGGGUGAGCUCUACACCAACAAGACUGUGUGGCGUAUCGAUGCUGUGGGUAAAGACGUUCGUCAGCUCUUUGCAUAUGAAGACAUGGAUCAAUUCUCUCGAGGGUUCCCCAUGAAGGUCCUGGUCCUGCCUGAGCCUGUGGAGAGCACAGGGGCCACUAUGUACCGCAGCUCCCUCUACUACCAGCGCAAACGCAGCCGUUCCCUGAUCCGUUACGACUUGGCCUCUGAGAAGCUAGCAUCACGUCUUGACUUGCCCCAUGCAGGCUUCCAUGGUCAGUUUCCAUACUCCUGGGGCGGGUACACGGACAUUGACCUGGCAGCAGAUGAGCAGGGUUUGUGGGCAAUUUACAGCACCAACAAGGUAAAGGGUAACAUCGUGAUUUCCCAACUGGACCCUGAGAGUCUAGCGGUGAAGAAGAGCUGGGAGACAAACAUCAGGAAGAACACAGUGGCCAACUCUUUCAUGGUAUGUGGACGUCUGUACACAGUGGCCAGCUACACAGCGCCAAACACAACCAUCAACUACGUGUUCGACACAGCCACCAAUGAGGAGCGGGCUGUUGCUGUACCCUUCAAGAACAAGUAUCGUUACAACAGUAUGGUUGACUACAACCAUGCUCAGAAGAAGCUGCACGCCUGGGAUAACUUCCAUAUGGUCACCUAUGACAUCAGACUGGGACGGGCCAAUCAGGGGAGCGGCUGAUGAGGACACAGACAGAGACACAGCUCCUUAUAGUCAUAGCACAUAUAGUCAAUUGCAUUGUACUGAGGCUGUUGCAAAGUUUGGUAUUCUCUGUUUUUGCAUCAUUAAAUUCUAUUUUUGUAACACUAUUGUAAAUAAAAUCUCUAUAACAGCAGAAAUAUAUUCAUAGAGCAGAUUUAUGUAGCUAUGAUGUAGCCCCUACAAAUCUCAGUGAGUAUUACAA